AUGGACCCAUCUUUACCCGACGAACCACGCGAAAACGGAUCUACCACCCCAAUGAGAGUGUUCUGGCCGCUGGAAGAGAUGCACGUGAUGCGCGGGAGGAGGUACGACGACUGCUUAGUCAUUGGCUGGCGCAACGACGGCUGCAAUGUUGUUGUCAUAGCCACAUGUGUCGAGCUGCCCGAGGUCGCCAGGAAACGGGGGUUGGAGAUUGUUGGAUAUGUGGGUAAGGCACGUGAUCUGUGCGACUUGUCACGUGAGACCAAGAAUGAGUCGCGCUCGACGCCAUCACGCCAUCUAAUUCCUUUCACCUACACCGCUGACAGUCCAUUAACAUGCUCUCUUCCCGACGUGACGAUAAUCACAUACAAGACGCCAAAUCCACAGCGGAUGCAGUUUUACAGCACAGAUCCGAUUUCGUUGGGAAUUCUCGGCUGGUCGGUGCCAAUGCGGGUCAUUUCGCAGGAAUUCGAGCAGGAACUGGUUCACGAACAGCAAAAGAAGCAGUGUUUGAUGGACAAGUUGGUACAGCAUGGAGGAGUGGAGUUUGGGGGUGACGACUACGUGGAGGGUGACAAGGAGAUUGUGGUGGAAACCCUGGAGAAGACAGACGAGCAAGGGGACUGCCAGUUGGGGGUUUUGUCAUACACAGAAGAGACCGAAGCUCCGAGAUUGAACGGAACAGUCCAUGCAGAAGGUGGUGCUCCAGAGUGUCAGUUAGAACGGAUUCUUGCACAAAUCAACUCGGCAUACCGAUUGCAGAAACUGGUACACAACAACAAAGAGAGUCAUGUGAUUUCAACGCUUCUAUGCACUCUCGUCAACCCCUUGAUUCCGCUCUUCACGAAUCUGGUGAUAUAUUUCAUCAUGGGGAUCCGAAUCUUCUGUGAGGCAUGUCUGCUGCUAAUCGAGUUCCGCGUGCUCGGAAAGAAUCUUAAACAGACGUCAGCUACAGCCAUUCAGCUUGAUUUGAGACUACAGCAAGUCUGCUACUUGCCAGUGCAGUGGAUGCGUAUUCGAGGCCAUGACAGUCAUACCCAGUCACCUAGUCACAUUGCCAUUGAACGUCGUAUCAGCGAAAGUGGACAUGGAAGUGCUGCCAAGCGACACGUUCCUCCAGAAUACAUUCGAAUGUACAACACCGUCUGGCUUGUGUUGAACGAUCUCAUCUUGGGAUUCGCUCUAAGUGCUUAUCUACUUGAUAACCAGACUUGGAUAGCUGAGAAUGGACCUCGCUUGGCCAGUUACAUUCUUGUAACAUUCCCAGAAUCAACUAUUAUCUGGUUGAUGGACUCCCCGGCUGGUCUAAAGCUCAAUACCGAGUUGGCCAAGUUCUUUGGACAAUUUCUGCUGUGGGUGAUCCACUUUUGGUCUAGAACAGUGGUGCAUGGUCUCAUCAUCCCCGCAAUGCCCUACAUGCCAGCUCUGGGAAGCGUCAUCUCUCGUGUUGGUGGUAUCACUCUGACCAUCUCUGUGCUAUGUGAUCUUAUCUCUUUUACCACGCUGCACAUUUACGCAUUCUACAUUGCAUCAGCUAAAAUCUUCCAUUGGCAACUGGGAGUAAUCACCUCGUUGUUCCACCUGUUCAGAGGCAAGCGUCAGAACGUGCUGAGACACCGUAUCGACUCUUGCAACUAUGAUCUCGACCAGCUUCUGAUGGGAACCAUCUUCUUCACAGUCCUGGUCUUUCUUUUGCCGACAGUCAUGGUAUUCUACGGAGCCUUUGCAUUGGCCCGGCUGUCCAUCAUCAUUCUCUCCGCAGUCCUGGAAACCAUUCUGGCCUUCCUGAACCACUUUCCGCUCUUUGCUCUGCUUCUAAGAGCCAAAGACAGAAAAAGACUGCCAGGGGGCAUCAAGUUCGUGGCCAAUGGGGUCACUCUGGAGCUGCAGAACAUCCCUCUCGGCUUCUCCAAGAUCUUCUACCAGUAUUCGCUUCUUUCAGACCGAAUCCGGUUCCAUUACCUCAGCGUAAGGGUUAUCAAGCGGCUGCUGACAGGCCAGUUUGUGCCUGUUCAGAGAAACAGGCUGUACAUUCUACUGUACUCGACUCUGCCAGAGCAGAGAAUUGAUAUUGGGUCACUGUGGAAGUUGCUGAGAGGGGGAGAGUGA